AUGGCCGCGCGCCGGCUGGCAGAAUGGCACACGUGUAUGCCUCAGGCCCGGCAGCUCGUGACCCGCUCCCCACCCUCAACUUUCAAGGCAUUGGUGACUGCCCCGCUUCUGCGCCCCAACUUCCCACUCACAGUUAUGCGCACGGCUUCACGGUACUCAGGCCCUGGGCCAACCGAUAGCCACACAGCCCCCGCUACCACCAUGGGGGAGGAGCAAGCAGAAACGCACGCAGAUGCGGACGAAGUCGAACUUGGUCCCGACGAGAUUGGCCAACUCUUGCUCGAGGCCGGUGUGCCUGAAGAACGCAUUGAAGCCAUUCUACAGGACAUGCUUGCCGCACAGGAAGCCGAUGGCUUUAUUGACGUCGACCAGUACCCAGAACUAGUGGCGCUCAUGACUGAGGACCAGCCCGCAACGUCAGCCGACGCGCCCUUUGACGAAACAUGGCUCGAUGCUCCAUCACCAGAGGUCGCCGAUGCCCUGCAACAACAUCAGGAGAACGUUGAAACGGCUGCACGGGAAAGCCUAGAGGCCCGCAUCGCCAAGCUCCCGCGUGAGCAACUCCUCAGCCUGUACGCUGAAAUCGAGCAGAGCAACCAACAACACGCUACUCGUGAAGGCUCGAGCUCAGAUGACGGCGACCUCGACCUCGACUUGCUUGACCUAGACCUCGAUCAGCCUGAAGACAACUCUCCAUUUAUCAGGCAGGAUAUGGCCAAGGAUGAUGACCUCGACUUUGCCAAGGCGGCUCAGCGGCAGCGCAGCAUGCGUGGUCAACUGGGUCGCCUCGAUGUGGACGAGCUCCCGGCUGAUGUUCAAGUUGACCUCGACCCCCGCUCCCAGAAGCGCCUUGUCCGCCUUCAAGAGCGUGAGCAAGCCCGCCGGGCCUCGAGUAUUCUUGCUGAGGACGAAGAGCUUGUCGGCAACCCCGAUGAGGAUCCAGAUAAGGCUUGGGUCCACGAGUUGAUUGACGACCUACAAGUGGCAGGCGAGGCACGCGCCGCUGGGAAGCAAGAGACCCCCAAGACACGUCCUGGCGCCGAUGAUGCCGUAUCUGAGUUUUCCUUGGGCCGCUUGCCUGAUGAUCGUGUUCGCGAGCGCGAAGAGUGGCAACGCAGCGUCAGCCAUGCCCGCUCCGCCGAAACCAUGUACCAGGCCGUACUCACACUCAUCUUUCGCGAUCGAAUCAUUCCGGGUCUCGUCGGAACUUCGCUGGAAAUCAUGCCGCCGGAGAUCUCUCGGUCGCGCGCCAAGGUCGUGAUUCCCUGGCAGGUUUCCAACCAUGCCGAGGAGGAAGCCGUUGCAGCUGAGUUGAAAAGGGCAGAAAAGCGUCUGCGACGUCACAUCGCCCAAGGCCUGAACCUCAAGCGGACUCCAGCCAUUGUUUUUCGCCGGACAGCAGCCCGGGAAAGACAAGCUGAAAUGGACGCUCUCUUUGAAGAAAUUCACCGCCGCGAGGGCUGGUAA